UGUAGGCCUAGCCUAUGUGUGCCGGAAGCUGUUGAUUUCUAUAACUGCUAGAAUCUAGAUCUAGAUCUAGAGUCCACAUUUAUUAAUUUAUUUAGAUCUAGAUUCUAGAUCUAAUCAGAAAAUAUUAGAUCUAUCUAGAUCUAGUUUCCUAUUUAGUACUGAAUCACAACUGAAAAGUGUUUAAAAAACCAUGCAUCUCUCGAAUACUUUCAUUUAUUUGCAGUGUAUGCUUGUUUUAAUUUUAGUUUUUGUUGAAAAUAUCAGCGCUGAAAACAAAGACAAGAAACUGCAAAUCGGAAUUAAAAAAAGAGUUGAUCCAGAAAAAUGUAAAAUCAAAUCUAGGAAAGGAGAUGUGUUGCAUAUGCAUUACACAGGAAAGUUGGAAGAUGGUACUGAGUUUGACAGCAGCAUUCCCAGAAAAGAGCCUUUCGUAUUUACUCUAGGAACUGGACAGGUUAUUAAAGGAUGGGAUCAGGGUCUUCUGAACAUGUGUGAAGAAGAGAAACGCAAGCUGGUUAUUCCUUCAGAGAUGGGCUAUGGAGAUAGAGGGGCUCCUCCUAAAAUACCUGGAGGUGCAACAUUAAUUUUUGAAGUGGAGCUUCUUAAAAUAGAAAGGAAGGAAGAGCUUUAGUUCUUUUAUUUAAAAAAAAUAAUGUCCAAACCUUGUUGCUUUAAAUAAAAAUCAUAUCAUUGUGUAGACUAAAAUAUAUUUCAAUACAAGUUAUAAUGUAAAAGUCUGUAAUUAAAUGCAUCUUUGACUUUUAAUCUAUUUUGUUCUUUGAAGGAAAUCUUAUUGUAUGUUUAUUAAAUCUAAGAACAGUAUUUUCCUUUACUUUAUAAUUUACUUUCAAGUUAAUAUUCACUAACUUUAAAUUACUUGUUUUUUGUUGUUUUUUGUUGUGCCUUUUCCAACUCUCAGUGAAGCCAAGGACAUUUAUUAUAACAUCUUUCUAUUCAUUUCAAUCCUUUCCUAUUCCUUCCAUUAUUUUCAUGUCUUCAAUUUCUUUGCACCAAUUCACUUCUUUUAGUUUGGUUAAAGUAAGUACUACAUGCAUUUAAAAAAACUAAUUUAGUUUAUGUUGGUUAUAGGUUGUUUUUUCAAAUGUGUUAUUGUUUUUAAUAUAUCACAGAUGCCUUUAAAACACUUGUUCAUUCACAAAAAAUGUAAAGGAUUUUAUAUUUCAAAAUAAAUUUCUCAAUACACUU